AUGGCAAAUAUAGAAGAGUUAAUUGUAUAUUCAAAUAGCCGAAAUGGACUUGGAAUUCGAAUUUUAGGUGCUAAACGAGCUACAAAUCGAUCAGGUAUUUAUAUAAGACAAAUACUUGAUGAUGGAUUAGCACAAAAAGAAGGACGAUUAAAAAUUGGUGAUCAAAUACUUUCAAUAAAUGAUGAACCAUGUAUUGGUAUUAAUCGUGAACAUGCUGUUAAUAUUCUUCGUUCAGCAGCUGCUACAAAUCAAGUUCGACUUCGUAUUAAACAUUUUUUUCCAUCAUCAUCAUCAAUUGAAUAUCAAAAACUUUUACAUGAUGAAAAAUCUACAGAUGAUGAUGAUGAUGAUGAUGAUAAUCAUCGAUAUCAUAAUAUAGCUCAAAAUCGAAAUAAUCAUAUUACAACAAAUGAAGUUCGAAUGAGAAAAUCAUCUCGAAGACAUCGUCAUCAUAAUAAUCAACAACAACAUCGUCAUAGUGCAUAUAAUUUUACAUAUGAUAAUAAUAAUAAUAAUGAACAACAAUAUGAAAAUAAUCAAUUAUUAAAAGGACUUGAUGUUUCACAUGAUGCUCUUCAAGCAUUACUUAAUUCAAGAUUUAAAUUAAUUGAUCUUGUUGAUUUAAUUAAAAAAACUUAUCCAAAUUUAUUUUCGAAUGAUCAAAAACGAGAAUUACAAUUUAUUGAACAAUUAUCCGAAAAUAAUACUGAUGGUCGUAUAACAUUAAAAGAUUUUGAACGUCAAUCAAGUAUUAUUCUUGGAGAACGUAUAAAUCUUCUUGUACCAUUUUAUUCUUCAUCAAAUAAUUCUUCAAAUAAAAAUGAUAGUGAACUUAUUGUUGAACUUCGUCAUGAAAUAGAAACAUGUCGUGCUACAAUUGAUGAACUUGAAACAAAAAUAAUAACUUGUGAAAAAUCUCAACGUUUAGCAAAUGAAAUUGAACUUGAAUAUGAAGAUUUACUUAAAUAUUUAUAUGAACAAUUACGUCAAUAUAAAAUAAAUGAAAUAAAUCAAUUAAAACAAAUUCGAACAAAUGAUCAAUUAAUACAAAAAUUAUUUAAUUAUUUAUCUAUUUAUGUUAAUAAACCAAAUGAUGAACAUAUGUUAGCUCAACUUAAAUUUGAAUAUGAACAACAACAACAAAAAACUAUUCAAAACAGUAAUGAUACAUCAAUUAUAUCAACUAAUAAAUAUCGACAACAAUUUUAA